AUGUCAAGUUCUGUGAAUGAAGAUCAAGAACAGAGGAAAAAUGCUAGCAUGGAAGACCCAAAUGCAAUGACAAUUGAGUUUCUUCGGGCAAGAUUGUUAUCUGAGAGAUCUGUCUCAAAAACAGCCAGACAGAGAGCUGAUGAACUGGCCAAGAGGGUAGAAGAACUUGAAGAGCAGCUACAGUUUGUGACUCUGCAAAGAAAGAAAGCCGAGAUUGCGACUGCAGAUGUUCUUGCAAUUUUAGAGGAUCAUGGGAUAAGUGAUGUGUCUGAGGGAUUUGAUUCAAGCUCUGAUCACGAAGAAACUCUCAAUGGAUCUAAUUCUCAUAAUGAUACGGCAAUGGGAAACGAAGCUUCCACCAACAUAAAAGUAAGAAGAAAUGAUACGGAGGCAUAUUCUAGUUCUGAAAUUGACUCCUCUCCAUUGACUGGUAGGAGCCUGUCCUGGAAAAGUGGUAAAGAUUUGCAGUAUUCUUUCCAAAGGAAGAAACACAAGGACUUGGCCAGGAGACGUGCUAGUUUCACGUCAACUGGUUAUUCUUCAAUGAGGUGGGUUGGUAAGUCAUGCCGCAGGAUAAGGCACGGGGAGACUAGAUCAGCAAUAGAGGAGUUGCAGAAUGAUGUCCAUGUCAAAGCGACCUACAGCUCUGACAUUGAACCUGAUACAUCGAGGAAAAGCCGUGAACAUGAUAAAGAGAAGAACCAACUGAAAAAUCCACCACUAAUGUCGGAAAAUCACAGGCAAGAAACUAAUGGCCAUUAUUUUGGCAGACACGGGAGAGAUAACGACAUGGAAAGAGCAUUACAACAUCAAGCACAACUCAUAGGGCAAUAUGAAGAAGAGGAGAAGGCCCAAAGAGAAUGGGAGGAGAAGUUCAGAGAUAAUAACAGUUACACACCGGAUUCGUAUGAACUGGGGAACCAUUCAGAUGUGACUGAAGAGCAAGGUGAGAUUAAAGCGCCUGAACUGCCUUACACAGCAGGAGCGACAAGUUCAGGUAACCACUGUUCAGAAGUGACUGAAGAGCAAGGUGAGAUUAAAGCACCUGAACCGCCUUACACAGCAGGAGCAACAAGUUCAGGUAGCCACAAUUCAUAUGUGACUGAAGAGCAAGAUGAAGCACCCGAACCACCUUAUGCAGCAGGAGCAACAAGUUCAGGUAACCACCAUUCAGAUGUGACUGAAGAGCAAGAUGAGGUUAAAGCACCUGUAUUGCAUCGUACAGCAGGAGCAACAAGUUCAGGUAACCGCCAUUCAGAUGUGACUGAAGAGCAAGAUGAGAUUAAAGCUCCUGAACCGCCUUUUACAGCAGGAGCAACAAGUUUGGUUAACCAAGAAAUGAAGACACAGCCGGUGGAGGCUUGCUUCAAUGAAGAACCCCAAACAUUCAGGAGUUUGCCGUCUAUUCCAGAUGCUAACAACAGUAACUUACCAGAUCAAAGAUGCAGUGGCAUGAUUACUUUUGAAUCUUCAGCACCAAAAUUUUCACAGCCUAUGUCUAUAGGGAGCAGUGAUCAACAGUUUUCAGGAAAACAUCUUGAUCUACCUUUGCAUAGUUCUCUUCAAUGUUUGCCCAGCUGCACUUCAAGUUACCCUUCAGCAAAGAUCUCUUUAUCUGAUGCAGGAAACAGUAUACCAAUGUAUGCUUCUUCAGGAAGCACUGCGUCUCGUGAUCUUGCUGCUAUUCCUCAAGAAACUUUUGAUUCUGUCCUUGAGAAACUUAAGCAAGCUAAAAUGUCACUGAAACAAAAACUCAAUAGCUUGCCGCUGGUACCUGGAGGUACUUCCGGCAGUGUUAUCAAAUCAUCUAAUCCUGAAACAAACAAUGUAGACAAGUUCAAAAUUCCUGUUGCUUAUCCUGGUCUUUUUAGGUUGCCAACUGAUAACGAGUUUGAAGCGAUUAACAGAGGCAACCGGCCUAGCAUUGGUACACAAUUAGGUUUCACAAACAUUUCUUCAGACGGUGCUGGUGAAAGGUUUUUUUCAAAUCCUUUUGUUGAGUCUAGAAAUGCUUUUGUUGGUGACCAGUAUCUCAGCGUUCCCUCGAGCCCUUUUACUGAAAUCAGGCCGGGAGUUUCUAUGCAGGGGCCUCUGUCUCAGCCUAGAUUGGCUGCAGGUCCACCCUCUUCUGAUGGAUUGAACUAUGGCAGUCCUCACACGAAUAUGGUUCUUCCUUCUUCGAGCAAUGAUUUUUACCCUUUCCUUCCAGACUUCACGCUGAGAUUACCUUCGGGUGAAGGAAUUUCGAGAACCUUUCCAAGUUCAGAAUUAGGUGUACCUCCAGUCACUCGCUUCUCUUUGUAUGAUGAUUUUUAUCGGCCUAAUGUGUAUAGAUAG